CUGGAGCAGGCUCUGGGGCCGGCAGAGCUGCUGCACAGCUGUGAGGAGGCGGCCUGGCUCGAGGGGCCUUCGGGGUUGCUGGAGCAGAUGGCGCUGGGCCGGGACCGCAGCCAGAUAGCAGGCGCCCUGCAGAAACACAAGGUGGUGCCUGCCCUGGUGCCUCCAGGAAGAGGCUUGAGGACAGCCCUCUCUGAUGAGCCUGACUUCAGCCUCGACCUCAGCACCAUACUCCAGACACAGGAUCUAGGAUCUCUUGAGCCAGGACUACGAGAGCCUGCAUGCCCUGGCAGAGGAGAAAGCCUCCCUAGUGAUGUGGCCCAGGACCUGCAUGCGGCAGAGACCCAGCUGAGGUCUCACAAGGCACUGGAGCGUGAGCUUUUGGCCACUGAGCACCAGGGUGAGGCUUUCCUGGCUCAGAGCCACCUUCGGGCAGGAGAGGCCACCCAGAGGCUUCGGGGACUGCAGGGGAGUGGGGAGAAGCUGGGGCAAGGCCCCCUCCAGGGGCAGGAGCUGGAGGACAAGCAGAACUUCCUGGACUUCCUGCAGAAAGCAGGCUUUGCCGAGGCCUGGAUCCAGGAGCAGCCUCUGUGGGCACCUAGAUCAGGACCUCGAGCACUGCCAGCAGCUCUGCAGGUGGCUCCCCGAGUUCCGAGGCACCAGUGGGCACGUACCUCCACCGGUGGGGGAAUUUCCAAGGCAACCUGCUCCAGUACCAGUGGCAGCUUGAGGGGACCCUGGAGAUCCACACAUUGUCCAGAGAGCUGAUGACGUUACCAGGCAGCUUGGGGAGAAGAGCAAGGAGACUGUGUGACGAGGAACCGCGUCCUUGCCAAAUUAGAUGUUUACCUUCGGAGAUUGUCCUGGAGCAUGAUGAACGUUUUGUGCUGUUCAACAAGUGACGCCUGGCUCCGUCACGGGUGGUGCCCGAACAGGGACCUGAAUACGGGGGACCAUAGUGAAGGACACCGCGGAUCGUGAGCUCGGAUAAGUAAAUUAAGGGCGGUGAAUGCACUCGGGAGUAACAAGAUGGGUGAUUGGUAAUAGCCGAAUGCUUUUUGAACAUAUGCUUAAAAAUAUGCUUCGCGCUCGUGGAGCAAAGAUAGGGCAUCAACAAUUAUGUAAUUUUUUAGAAUUUGUAGAGAAAGUUUGUCCUUGGUUAUCUGAAGAAGGCACAGUAGAUUUAGAAGAAUGGAAUAAGGUGGGAAGGCGACUUCAGGACUAUUACGAUGUUCAGGGACCCACUAAAGUCCCUAUAGAUGCUUUUAGUUUAUGGGCUUUAAUUAGAGAUAGUUUGGAUCCUCGGCAUGAGGGAGAGAGGGUUGAAGGACCCUCCUCAAGUCUUUCCUCGGAGGAGCCUGACAAGGCUGGUGUUCCCUAGGUUGUCCCUCCGCCUCCUAUAGAAAGUGGAACUAAGCCAUCUGCUCCGCCAGUAUAUGCUGAUGCAGAGCCUGCACUAAGGAAGGGCUUUUUUUGGAUGAGGGACCCCUAAACCCGGGAGAUGCUGAUGAUUUGGAAGAAGAGGCUGCUAGGUAUAACAAGGAGGACUGCCCCCCCCAUCGUAGCCGUGGCCAGGAAAACCGAAAAAUCCAUACAGCCAGUGAAUGAGGACGUGACCGAAAGGAUUACUAGAUUGGAAAAGAGAUUGGAGUCUCUUUGUCAGCAGUGGCAGACAGGCUUAACGGUGGAAGAGGAAGACCAGAAGACUCAGGGCGAGGGAGGAAUAGUUCCUAGUAUAAUUGCUGGUCUUGAUCCCCCACCGGUUGCAGCUCCAAGAUUAAUGAAAAAAACGGACCCUCUUAUAGCCAUGAUCAAACAUCCCCCAGGACCCAGGCCUUUGUCUGUCAAUUCUCGGUCUCUGUCGCCAUUAUAAGCUACCCUGCAACAUGUGGUUGACAGAGGGGAAGAUACCCAGGGCUUUCAUUUAGCUUGUCCAGUAUUUGAGGAAGCUGACGCUCAAGGGAAUAUGGUCAGAAUCCAUCGGCCAAUAUCUUUUAAGCAACUCAAAGAGUUAAAAAUGGCCUGUGCGCAAUAUGGCCCCACCGCACCUUUUACUCAGGCUAUGUUAGAAUCGUUGCGCAUGGAGGCGCUGCCUCCCGGAGAUUGGAAACAGCUUGCUAAGGCAUGCCUGUCUGGGGGAGAUUACCUCCUUUGGAAAACAGAAUUUUCCGAGCAGUGUCAACAGCUGAAUUAAAUCGGGCUAAUAGAAAUGAUAUUGAUUAUGACAUGCUGGCAGGAGAAGGGCAAUAUGCGGACCUCGCCAAUCAAUUAUUGUUUCCUGCAGGAGUAUAUCCACAGGUCAAUACCGCUGGCCAAGCGGGCAUGGCAGAAGCUGCCUUGUACAGGACGCUGAAGGUGCCAGGUGGCUUCCUGAAAGAUUGGUCCGUUUUGCGGGAAAUUCUCCUGCCCCUUAGGAUGAUCCUGACAACUGUCCUGCUGAUAAAUCUAAUGGUGAUGCUUAAUGAGAAGGUUUAUUGGGCUUAUGUACCUGAUCCACCUGUUGUACAUCCAACGAGCUGAAAAAAUGG